ACGAAGGCAGUGGGGGUCGGUAUUAGAAGUACCGUAGUUGUUAUUGUGAGCGUUUGGAACUUACCUUACUUGUACACUGAUACAAUGAACGGGCUGUCGAAGUGUGGGCUGUGUGGUGGAGGGUUUGAUGAUCAGAGACGAAAACCGCUGCUGCUGCCGGCGUGUGGCCACACCUGUCUCAGCUGCCUUGAGCGACUAGCCCAGCACCGCGCCUACCUCUGCCCGACCUGCAGAACCGGGCAGCCAAAUGGGAAGCUGGAGACAUUGCACGUUAACCAUGGCCUCCUAGAACUGAUCAUUGCCCUCAAGGGGAUCGCCAAUGACGCUAGAGAUGAAAAAAAAAAUAAGAAUAACAUGGAGGCAAAGAACAGACACGACAAGUGCAGGAUUCACGACGGGACGCGUCUCAUGUACUGGUGCGUCACCUGCCAAAAUCCUGCUUGUGGGGAGUGUGUUGUAGAGAACCACCGCAGUGAACCACAUAAGACCAACAAGAUCGCAGACGUCGUCGAGGACCUGAAGCGUGGGGUAAACACGUCAAUUCUAGAAAUACUGGACGACAUUCACAAGGUUUGCGGGAACCAUCUAGCAAGUGAAAAUGAAACUUCUUCAUACAUCCACAACAUUGGUGACCUGUCCAAGGAUAUCAAGAAGACAGCAGGAAAACUUCUUUUAACCACAAUUAUCCUCGAGUCUCAAGUGACAGAGAUGAAGAACACAGGGCAGAAACUCAAGCAAAUGGAGAUGCUGGCGGAGGAGAUGCUCUCUAAUGCACCAAAUUUUCCUGUAGGUAUCUCCGGCAUCAGGGAACUGCAGAAGUACAAGGGGAAUGUGCACAAGCUAAGAGAAGUUUUCACGACCAAGACCCAGCUACCCUUUAUGAAGGCAGAUGAAGCAACCUCUUUCCUUGCUAGUGCCAGGACCAUCGUCACAUCCCUAAAUAACAAGGCCUCCUGCCUCACCAGAAAGGUGGGGAGCCAUUGGAGACAAGAUGUACUACUGGAGGUUGAUGAAGGUAAGAGUGCCUUGCUGCGCUGGGAAGACCGUGGCCUCCACCUAUACUGCCCCAGGAAACAAAGCAACCUCAGCAACAAUGAUAAGAAACCCCAUUUCAAGUGGAACAAGAUGCUGAGUCAGCUGCAGGAAGAGGUCAAAAUGGUGUUCAUGGACCUUAGGUGGGGCAGCAGGGAUGAGGGUGGGCGUGUGUACAUCAGUCUGAAAAUCAACCAGCCCGCCUCCCACCUCCUGUUCAACCUGUGCCUCGGACUCAAGUUCUCACUACUAGACAAAAAACUCCCACAAAAGGAGGAAGUGGCUGGAGGAGAGGGUAUGCUGUUAUGGAAGUACCGCCAAGAGCGAGAUAAUGCCAUCAGUGCCCAAGUUCAACAGCCUCAACAACACCCCCAUAAUGCAGGGGACGUGGUGUGUUUGCCGGGGACACACAAGGGAGAGAUCAAGUUCUGGCUGCUGACCAGAGGUGGUUUAAGCGGAGGACAACUGGGUUCACCUUACACCUCGGUGGGUUCCCUCACUGGUGGGAUGAAAGUGUUGACUGAGGCUGCAGCUAAGGGAAGCUUGGCAGAUAUCCUCAUCUCUGACUGUGGUGCGGUUAUCCAUGCCAGCCAUGACAGUAGUGAGAUGCAAUGAGGCUUGUGGCUUACCCAUACUCCUGUCGUGACAGAAAAACAAGAUACACUAUUGAGUUUGUUGACUGGGGAAGGCUUGUGACACAGCACCAGGAUAGGAAGCUAUUGCAAUGUUAAGAUGGUUGGGAGUACCUGAAAGCACAGGUAAAAUGGGCGAAGGAAUGUAUAAGAACACAGUAGCCAGAAUUACUACAAGAGGAGGCGUAUCUGACAAAUCUUGGAGUUCAUGGAGAUAGGAACCUUCGGCUUAUGUCACUUGAUGAUUAAGCAACCUAAUGCUAAAUGGUGUGGUUAUGUUAGAUUUGGUUAGUGAAGAUUAGGUUAGGUUAGGUUUGCAUUAGGGAGUUUAAUCAUCGGAUGAAAUAAGCAGGGAUUCCUAAUCUUCGUGUGAUCCCAUAUCUGAAGUAAACUUUGAGGUGGGACAAGGCGGUGAUCUAAGUCAUGAGUCCUUUAUUGAUUAUUAUAGUUGAAAAGUUGAUAAGGAAACAUUAUAGAGUGAAGGAAAUACACUGGGAGUUCUGUGUGGUGACAGAAGAGAGACAAGAGCUUCAGGAAAAUGAGUGAUUUAGAAAAUGUGGUUUAGGUUUGAUUUUAGAGAACAUCAGUAACUGAACUUACAAGUGGUGAGAGAGAAUUGAAAACAAGAGAACAUCUUUGUACAUCACAUGGGAGCAGUAUGCGGAGAUGGGAGGUGAAGGUAAGAAGAAAGGCACAGGCAGGAAUUAAAGCAGGAGUUAUGAAGGAUGACAAGAUGAGAAACAAGUUAAAGGGAAAGACUAUAAAUUUGACAGAGGCUGCAAGGUUUGUGGAAACUAGUGGGUAGGAUAAAUAACAGAAGGAAGAGGCAGGUACAGUAUGAGUUAGAAGAGGGUAAUGGAGUGGCUGGUGGAAGGGUGACUAAGAUGGGCGGGGUAUGUGCAGUAGUUGGAGGAGGGAGGGUGGUGAGGACAGCAGAUAAGGAACACUUAAAAUAAGAUGAGAGGAUUAUGUUAGGAAAGACUUGAGGAAGACUGAUUAUGAUGAAAACUGAAAGACAGUGAAUAUGGAAAGAGAGUAGUAAUGGAGGAAGAUAGAAAAGGUAUGAGUUUAGUACUCUACUGACAAAGGAUCUCACUUCUGAAAGGAGGCAGCAAUGAAAACGAUGAUGGUGAUGCUGCACAUAUGUGUACUAACCAAUAUAAUAUAAUUUAUAUCAGAUAUUUGUUUGGAAAUUUUCUGUGUGAAUUAAAUGGUCAAGAAUUCAUGGUCUUGGUAGU